UGCGCAUGUGCAGGCUACAGGCCGAGUGUAAACCCGGUAAAAUAGCGUCCAUCAGUUCACGAGCCUCCAUCAAGCGUCGAGCAUAACAAACCAUUUUACGAGUCUUUGUUACGGCAUACGAGUCUUUGUCCAGGCAUAACAAACCGUGAAGAUGGAUCCCUUUAACCUCCCUCCACCAACUGAUACGUUGCAGCAACUGGAACAUUUGGAAAAAGAAUUGGCCAAUGCUUUGCAUGCUGCUGGUCAAACCGUUUUGGAGUUGAGCAAGGACAAACCAAGUCUGAAGCAGGCCGAGACUUUUACUUCAAAUUUUUUGAAGUCACUGGAGACUGUCGAAACUGGAUUGUCCCAAAAUAUUGCUUAUCUGACUCAAGUGUCGACUGCACAACCUCAUGAGGGCUCCAGCUAUGCUAACCAGAAGGUGAUGCAGAUGGCUUGGCAUCGCCUCAAGCACUCCCAAACCAGGCUGAAUGAACUCGAGAAGUUGAAGAACAAGCAUACCCAGGAGAAUAAUGCUCUGAUCGCUAGUGCCGCUGGGAUCAAGACAGAACCCCAGGAGCCCUAAAAUGUUUGCUGUUUUGGGCUUCUCUUAUAUUUACCCUUUGAAACCAAAUAAAUGUCAAAUUUUCUAUUCUCAUUUAAUUUUAAUGAUCAUCGUGAUUUUGCUGUUAUGGAGCUAAAUUUUUCAUUUAAUUUAUAUUUGCAUAUCUUGGGAAGUCAAAUGACAAGCUGAUAAUGGUUUUGUAUAAUCAUUCUGGUGGAAUGUGUAAUAUUCAUUUCAAAAUAAAUUUCGGCAGAUUUUAUAUGUAUUUGCACACUAUUGUUAUUAAUUAAAAUAAGUUUAAUGGUGGUGCACCUAAACAGUUUAAAUUAUGGCUGAUUAUAUAGAAUUCGGACAAGGAUAUGAACUAACACAUUCUUUGUAAUACAGUAAAAUUAGCUUAGUGUGCAACUUGGAUUUUAAUUAAAUUUGUAUGAAAACAUUUAUGAAUGUUAAUAAAUUUUUCUAAUAAAGUCAAGAAAAAGCAUAAAGAGAAAAGAAGCGAGUCUGGUUUAUCUACACUAUGUGUAAAAAGUAGGACAGUCAUAUUUUAUAUAUUAUGUUUUGUAUUUUGAUCCUAUCAAUUUAGAUUUUUUCGUUAAAUUGUUUAUUUCUUUUUCUUUAAGUUUAUUUUUUCUAUACUUUCUUUUAUUUCAAAUGAGUAAAUUUUAUCUAUGGCUAAAAAAGUAUUAAACACAGUAAUUAACGAUUUUCAUUGUGUGAAAUAAGUAGAUGGAUACAUGCUAGAAGAUAAUGUAAACCUUAAAAGUAGCAGUUUCAGGCUUUUUAAGUGUUUUAGUUAAGAAAACGGUGCUACUUUAUUAAAAGCCAUCAUUUUCAUCUUUUUUAGAAUACCUAGAAUAAAAUCGUUGAGUCUCAAAUAGGCCUAAUUGUCACCCACAAAAAUUAUGGCAAAAGUGCAAGAGAGUUUGUACACCAACUACACAUCAGCCCAAAUACUGUUUCAAACUUCAUAAGAAAUUCUAGUCAAGAAACCAAGAAGACUGGCACAACUAAAAAAUUGAUGCAACACGAUCAAAAAAAAAAAAAAAAAAAAUCAUUGGGGACUUAAAAAAAAAUUGGAUGCAAGUGUUGCCAAAUCUCAAAAUAAUGUAGACAUAGGAAAAUUUUUGCCAAAUCUUUUGAAGUAGUCAAAGCUAAUGGUGGAAGAAUUCCUUACUUAUAAGACUUUUAAUUGCACUAUUUAGAAGUAUCCUUCUACUUUUUUUUUCACAGAGUAUUUUACUUGAUUUUUUAAAAAUUGUAAUUGACUUGUAUUUUGUUUUGUUUCAAGUUUCAGAUACAAUUAUCUGUUUGUAAAUAGGCAUUUAAUGCGUUGCUCAUUAAAUAGUUCUGGAAAAUUCAGUGUUUCCAUUUAACUAAAAAAAAAAUCUUGUCCUACUUUUUUCUUAUAGUGGUGUAAAAUUAUCAGCAAAGAGGGAUAUAGCCUUUUCUAGGGCUUUUUGAGAAUAUACUGUAUUCACUAUUAUAUCCCUCACAUUUUAAGUUAUCACCAUCGAAUUUUGCAUUAAUGGUAUGUGAAUUUCUGGUAAUUGAAACUAUUUAUUUUUUCUUUGUAUUACAACACUAAUCAAAACAAUCUAUUUUAUAAAUAAAAUAAGCAUUAUUUUAUACAAAUCAGAAAUGUUUUUUUCUCUAUAAUAUGCUAGUUAACAAUGUUUGCUACAUACUAAGACUACUUAAUUAUUAAAAUAUUUAUUUUAUACAUUGAUCAUUAAUGAUUUUAAAACUGUAGACCAAACAUGCUGAUUUGAAUGCUGGACCAUUACAAUUUUGGAAUAUAUCUUGCGUUUUUCAUGAGGAAAGAGAAAAUGAAGUUAUAAGCAACUUAUAAGACUGUGUAGUUAAAUAUUGCACAACAUAUGGAUUGUGUUAUUCAUGCAAAUAUGUGCUCUAUUAUGGUAGUUCAUAUACGUAAUGAACAAAACAGGUGUAAGGUUAUUUAAAUAAUGUGGUUUUAAUGUUUAUCAUAAUUUGAAGUAAAAAUUACUUUAUUGAUGAAAUCCUGAAUAUCUAAUUUUGUAUAAGGCAUUCAGUUGAAAUUAAAUAGCAGUUUUUCUGGCUAGCCAGUUUUUCAUCUAAGGCAGCAAGUUUUUAUUUAUCAAAAACAUGUUUGUGUGUGUGCAG